AUGGCUAAACCCUUAAUAGCUGUGCAAGAACAAAUUGACUCUUUAGCAGCCAUAGUCCUCCCAAAUCACCGAGGACUACAUAUGUUAAUGGCAGCACAGGGAAGAAUUUGUUUAGCUUUAGAUGAAAAAUGUUGCUUUUGGUUCAAUCAAUCGGGAAAAGUACAAGACAACAUCAGAUAACUCAUAAAUUGAGUCUCUUAUUUACGGGAACAAACUUCUCAGUGUUGGUUAGAUUGGGAGGGAACAUGGAAAUGGUUCUCCUGGGUUGUCCUCUUUUCAGGCCCACUUGUUAGUCUCCUACUUUUUGUUUUUUUCACCGCACCUGUCUUGGGUCCAGGUCUUCUAAAUCUGAUAACCCAAUUUGUUUCCUGUCACCUUCAGGCCAUCAAGCUCCAGAUGAUCCUCAGUGAGGGAUAUCAUCCUCUCAGUAUUCAAGAGUCACCCUUCUACAGAGGACCCCUGAGUGACCUAUCAAUGAGACAUCACAGAGGUGAAAUCCUGCCCAUCUCCCUUGGACCUGGCUGGACACCACUUUCACCAACCCACAGAGCCACCCUUGCUAGAAUCCCAGAAGCCUCCUUGAGAUUUUGGUCCAUGAAGACAUAG